AUUGGGAAAAAUAUCAUUCUCCUCCGUCCAUGGGUCGUUUGCGGCAAAAAGGAAAGGCUGGCGCAGCGAAGGCAUACGUUACUCGCUCGGCGGCCAUUAAAAAGCUUCAGUGCUCUCUAGCGGAUUUCCGUCGGCUAUGCAUCCUCAAGGGUAUCUUCCCCCGGGAACCCAAAAGCAGGAAGCGGGCUAACAAGGGAUCGUCCGCCCCGACAUCCUUCUACUACGCCAAAGACAUCGCCUACCUUGCCCAUGAACCAGUAUUGAAAAAAUUGCGAGAACACAAGGCUUUCGCCAAAAAACUUUCUCGAGCACUGGGACGGGGAGAGUGGGGAGACGCGAAGACAUUGGAGGAGAACAAGCCGGUGUACAGAUUGGACCAUAUCAUCAAGGAGCGAUAUCCAACCUUCAUCGACGCCGUCCGGGACAUCGACGAUGCGCUUUGCAUGGCCUUCUUGUUUGCUUCAUUACCUUCCAAUCCUCGACUGCCUGCAUCUCUGACGGAGAACUGUGCUCGUCUCGCUGCAGAGUGGCAGCUGUACGUGAUGCACACACGAUCGCUGCGCAAAGUUUUCCUUUCCAUUAAGGGUGUGUAUUACCAGGCGGAAGUCUGUGAUCAGACCGUAACAUGGCUUGUGCCCUAUCAAUUUACCCAGACUAUCCCUUCAGAUGUGGACGUUCGUGUCAUGCUCACAUUCCUCGAGCUCUACCAAACCCUUCUCGGCUUCGACGAAACUGGAGCCGGGGUCGGUGCUUUCAAUCUGCAAAACGCGGGUCAGGUGACUGCGCCAUCGGUUUCGAAGACCAAGGUCGUCGAGGUCGAGGGCCGCAAGAUCUCGAGCAAGGAUGUCCGUCAGGCAAUCAAGAGCAUGGCUGGUGCAGAGACAGAUGAGGCGGAGGACACCAUUCCCGAUGCGAAUGAAAUGGAUGUGGAUGAAGCUGACGAGGAGUUCGUACCCCAACAAUCCACAUCGGAGCCCCAGACGACAGCCCCGUUACCGACUCUGAAGGCAUUGGAGGCUCUCCCUCAAAGCCUGACGACGUCACUCUUCUCCCCAUACUCGUUUUGGCUUUCAAGGGAAACGUCAAGGCCAAUCUUCGAAUUUCUCAUCCGUUCGUUUGGUGGCCGAAUAGGCUGGCCUUCAUCCUCUGGCAGCGGCUCUCCCUUCGACGAGUCAGACGAGUCGAUCACCCACGUCAUCAUCGACCGACCUGUGGUUGAAAGGACAAAUGAGACCGCAGAAGAGCGGGAGCGACGGCUGAGGAGAAAAUACGUCCAGCCCCAGUGGGUUGUCGAUUGCAUCAAUGCUGGGAAGAUCCUGCUCGAGGAACCCUAUUUGCAGGGCAGCACGCUGCCCCCUCACCUGAGUCCCUUUGGGGAGUACCAGGGCGCGUAUGAUCCGAGCUCUGCUGCCGCUGUCGGUGUCGAGGAGGACCUCGAGAGUGAGGUUGAAGAUGAUGCCGUCAUGGAGGAGGACGAAGAUCAGAGUGCUGAAAAGUCAGCCUUACGCGCAGCUGCCGCUGCCACGGACGACGCAGCUCUUCGUGCAGCCGAACUCGCGGCUGAGGCUGCCGGCGUCGACUACGGCGAUUUCGAGAAGGAGGUCCGCAAGUCCCGCAAGAAGACAAGUGCGCCCAAGGAGACUGGCGACGAAGCUGAGAAGGACAUGAACAAGAUGAUGAUGAGCAACAAACAAAAGAAGCUGUACGAGAAGAUGAAGUACAGUCAGAACAAGAAAACAGCUGAGCGUACAAAUCUGGAGGAAAAGAAGCGCAAGUUAGUGAAGAACGCGCGGCGGGAGGCCAAAGCAGGCUAGAUACAGUAGACUUGUCGUAUUCCUCCAUUCAUUCUCUCGCUGUGGUGGCCGUGCCUGAGACUGGAACCGGCAGCCGUCUGACGUAUCUGGACUGACGAAUGCGGUAACUUUGAUGCCACCGCUUGUCAGGCUACUGCCGUUCCUGGUCUGCCACUUCCUUGCUUGUCUACUGCAUGGGUCGUUUCUCUCUCGGGCAGGGCAACGCUCAAGAUGCUCCUCCACCGUACAAGGACGCUUCUCCCCCGCUCCUUGUCACCGAAACGACGACAACGACUCAAGUCCUGACGACGACAACUACCCAUACCACUCAUUUCUUUUCGCUCCCGCUCUGGAAGAAGCGACCAUUAGUGGCGAGCUCCUCGUCCCCAACGAAUAGGGACAGCGUGGAACGGAGACCAACGGAGGAUGGAAGGCUGCGGCGAGAGCGCUUCUCGGAGAAAGAUCUUCCUCCCACCCCUCCAGAGGAUCCAUUUGUGCCCGAUACACCGAGACCCCGCAACGACUCGGCCCAUUCAUACCGUGACGACUCACCUGUACCCUCCCUAUCCGCAAGCAUCAGUUCUAGGAAGUCCCUCGCCUCAUCGCAACCAACCGCGAUCCUUGCGCGAGCAUCAUUUGGCCUUGGUCUCCCUCAUGCGUUGCGCGACCCAUCGUCCUCGGCGUCCUCGACAACCUCCGACAUUAACACCGUCGCAUUCCUUACGCCACCUGAAAUGGACUCGCGUCGGAGGUCUAUACAGACUCCACGCCGUGCCAAAAGCUCAACUAAGCUUCGGGCGAUGUCGUCUCUAUAUGAGCCGGGGAUGGAGUUGGAGGGAUCGCACUCGGAGGGUGCAAAAGGCCGGAUUCGCGGUGUUUCACUGGGCAAUACCGCAAUUCUGAAUUCGGGCUACCCUGAUAUCAAGGGCAAAGGGAAAGAAGUGGAGGAAGCGGCCCCGUCCCCGAUGCCCAAGCCAGCGCUCGUCCGAAGAGCCUCCUUCUGGUCGCGCAAGAAGUCUACUCCUGCAGAUACCGCGCUACCGGCCCAUGUAGAGCAGCUGUACCUGCAGCCCUCGCCGCCUCCAACAUUACCUUCCGUUUCACCGCUGAGCCCGUUUACGUUUGACGAUUUACAUAUGACAUCGUCAUCUUCUCGCACUAAGCAUUCUCGCGGGCUAUCGAGAAGCCACUCCGAGCGGUCCAAUGUCAUGGCACAGCCUUCUCCGAUGACAGAAAUGGCGCAACCGAUCCUGCGCAAGCCAUCGCGCCGACCGGCUACAGCGGACCCGUCCACUCGCAGCCCAACCACCUUGUUGAACUCUACACCGUCGCAACCACCUCCACUUCCACCACAACCUGAUUCGUCGACGCUGUCUCCCGGCCCAGUCGCCGCCCGCGCUCUCAGACGAAUCCUCCGUUACUUCACAGAUUGUCGCUGAAUCUAUU